AGCUGGACAGGCACAACACAGAGGAACAGCAUCAGAUGUAGCUGAGCUCCAGACCUCCGACAAGGCUGUCCUUCAACCAUGUGGCUCUGUGCAUUGGCCCUGGCCUCUCUCACCACAUGCAUGGCUUGGGGGCACCCAUCUGCACCACCUGUGGUGGAUACCAAACAGGGCAAAGUCCUGGGAAAGUUCGUCAGCUUGGAAGGAGUGGCACAGCCCGUGGCCGUCUUCCUGGGAAUCCCCUUUGCCAAGCCCCCGCUGGGAUCCCUGAGGUUUGCUCCGCCAGAGCCUGCAGAGCCAUGGAGCUACGUGAAGAACACCACCUCCUACCCUCACAUGUGCUCCCAGGAUCCUCUGGGAGGGAGUUUGCUCUCAGAGCUCUUCACCAACAGGAAGGAGAACAUCCCUCUAACAUUCUCUGAAGAUUGCCUUUACCUGAAUAUUUACACCCCUGCUGACCUGACGAAGAGAAGCAGGCUGCCUGUCAUGGUGUGGAUCCAUGGAGGUGGUCUAAUGGUAGGUGGAGCAUCGACCUAUGAUGGCCUGGCUCUUUCUGCCCACGAAAAUGUGGUGGUGGUGACUAUUCAGUACCGCUUGGGUAUCUGGGGAUUCUUCAGCACAGGAGAUGAGCACAGCCGAGGCAACUGGGGUCACUUGGACCAGGUGGCUGCACUGCGCUGGGUACAGGACAACAUUGCCAACUUUGGAGGGAACCCCGACUCUGUAACUAUCUUUGGAGAGUCAGCAGGAGGUCAAAGUGUCUCUAUUCUUGUGGUAUCUCCCCUGGCCAAGAACCUCUUCCACCGUGCAAUUUCUGAGAGUGGUGUGGCCCUCACUUCUUGUCUUUUCAAGAAGGACGUCAAACCUUUGGCUGAGAAAAUUGCUAUUGCAGCUGGGUGUAAAACCACCAGCUCAGCUGUCAUGGUUCACUGCCUGCGCCAAAAGACAGAGGAAGAACUCAUGGAGGUGACACUGAAAAUGAAAUUCUUCACUCUUGAUUUAGUUGGCGACCCCCAAGAGAGCCACCUCUUCAUGACCACUGUGAUGGAUGGAGUGCUGAUGCCCAAGUUACCUGAAGAGAUUCUGGCAGAAAAGAAACACAACAUGGUGCCCUACAUGGUGGGGAUCAACCAGCAAGAGUUUGGCUGGAUUAUCCCGAUGCAAUUGCUGGGCUACCCACUCUCAGAUGACAAACUGGACCAGAAGACAGCCACAGAACUCUUGUGGAAGUCCUACCCCAUUGUUGGUGUCUCUAAGCAGCUGACUCCAGUGGCCACUGAGAAAUAUUUAGGAGGGACAAAUGACCUUGCCAAAAAGAAAGAUUUGUUCCUGGAUAUGCUUGCAGAUUUGGUCUUUAGCGUCCCAUCAGUGACUACGGCUCGUUACCACAGAGAUGCUGGUGCUGCCACCUAUAUGUAUAAGUAUCAAUAUCGCCCAAGCAGCGCAUCAGACUUGAGACCCAAGACGGUGAUAGGUGACCAUGGAGAUGAGAUCUUCUCCGUCUUUGGGGCCCCAUUUUUGAAAGGGGGUGCCUCAGAAGAGGAGAUCCAACUCAGCAAGAUGGCGAUGAAGUACUGGGCCAACUUUGCUAGGAAUGGGAACCCCAAUGGGAAAGGGCUUCCUCACUGGCCAGAAUACGACCACAAGGAAGGAUACUUGCAGAUUGGAGCCUCUACCCAGGCAGCACAGAAGUUGAAACAUGAGGAAGUGGCUUUCUGGACCGAGUUCUGGGCCAGAGAAGCAGCAAAGUCACAUGGCUCAGAGCACACUGAACUGUGAAUGGAGGGACCAAUCAGCUUUGGCACCUGGAGAUUUCUAUCCAGGAGUGUUACAAAAGAAGUAUUUGUAGACCAAAGAGGCAUCUUAUCGUGGAGGCCAAAGAACCAUCUAAUGGGGAUGGUCAGAGGUCAUGGUGGGGUGGGGUGGGGGGUACUUU